CUGCGCCGAGCUCCAAAGGCUUACGCUGCUGCAGUGCUGCUGUUCCUCUGCCAAUGGCGUGCUUCAGUAGCGCGCGUCUCGAUACACAGUCGGGCGCACCGCUGUCGAGGAUGGACGGCCCCCCUCCGCAGCCGUUUGGCCCCAAGGCCCGAGGAGGCGCUUUUGUGCCCCCGUGCGGGCCGCGGCCGUCCCCGCGCCCGGACCUUCCACAGUGCAGCGUCGAGCGAGCGCUGGAGGCGCGCCGCUCGAGGGGCGGAUGGGGAGACGCCGCAGCAUGAGCGAGAUCCCCGAGGAGUGGCCCUGCGCAGAGAAGCCCGCGUUCGCGAGCUGCGGGGCGUACGCCCUGAAGAGCAGGGUGGCCGUGCAGUCGCUCAAGCUCCUGGACAACAUCCGGGAGUACGACCCCCGCGACCCCAGGUACACGAUCGCCGCCACCCGGUGGCAAGUCGCGGAGCUGGAGGCGCGCCGCCUGGAGAACCAGGUGGACUCCUUGCACACGAUGCUGGAGUCGAGGGUCAAGUUGGACCCUCACGACAAGGUGCUGGAGGACUACCAGCAGGUGCUGUCGGGCUUCCGGCGCUCUGCCGCGGCCGCCCGCCAGGCGGCGGACCGCCUCGAGGACUGCGCCCUGAGCCCGCGGUCGUCCCCGCGCGUGCAGGCCGUGCGCGUGGAGGGCACCCCGCUCUCCGCGUCCCGGAGCGCGCUGAUCGCGGCCAGCCCGUGGUCGCAGGCAGAGCACUCCGAGGUCACCCCGACUUCCACGUCCUCCAGCGACGUGUCUUCGGACGGAGCCUGGUCGUAGGAGGCAUCGCCGCACGGGGAGGGAGGCGCCACGGAGGGCUGGCCGCAGAGGGCGCCGCGCGGGUCCGCAAGCACGAAUGCCGCCCACGCCGCGCCCGAUAUUUUUUCUCCACGAAUUUAAUAGGAACGCGCCCGCUGCGCGGCUUUUUAGUGCCAAGUCGGAGUGGCGGCGAGGCCGUCGCUCUUGGUGCCAAGGCUGGAUACCCUAACGGGCCCCCUUGGCCGGGCCCUGGGGCUCAGAGAUUUUCGAUGUGCAGUUUCUGGCAGGCGGGAACCACGACAGUGAUGACCUGCGUCUGUAGUUAGGAGCGUGUACCAUUAUGGCAUGUGUUUUCGCUUGCCAUGGACACACGUAGAUGCAAAGCUACGAGGCGAUCAGCCUAAUUCUGUGGAGCCCAGGUCCUGAAGUAUAGGUUAUGCUCCAUCUGCGCGCAGGCCGGCAGCUUGGAGGUGGGUGCAGAC